AAAUGGUUUAUUAAAGCAACUAUUCAUUCAGUAAAUUUGCAUCCAGGAAGAAACCCAAGAUAUCAUCGUUUCAGAAAAAUGUCAAAAUAAGAUGACUGAUUUUAAGAGCCUUGGAGUGAGCAACUGGAUCCUGGCUCAGUUGAAAGAGGUCGGGAUCUUGAAACCUACUCCCGUCCAAGUCUCUUGUAUUCCGCCAAUCCUUGAUGGUCGAGAUUGUGUCGGGGUCGCUAAAACCGGUUCCGGUAAAACCUUGGCCUUUGCUAUUCCCAUCCUCCAAACCCUAUCAGAGGAUCCUUACGGUAUAUAUGCUCUCAUCCUCACCCCAACCCGGGAGCUGGCUUUUCAAAUCUCGGAUCAGUUCAACGUAAUUGGAACCGGGAUGGGUCUCCGAACCUGUGUGGUGGUUGGAGGCCGGGAUACCAUCAUGCAGUCCAAAGACCUGGAUAAGAGACCACAUGUGGUGAUUGCAACCCCGGGCCGCCUGGCGGAUCAUAUUGAGAACAACAGCACCUUCUCCCUCAGCAAGAUUAAAUAUCUUGUCAUGGAUGAGGCGGACCGACUUUUAGAAGGUGGCUUCGAUGGUCAACUAUCUGAGAUAAUAUCUGCCCUGCCGAAGAACAGACAAACAUUACUCUUCACGGCCACAAACUCUCCAAUCAUUGGAGAAACUGUUUCUGCCUGUCCGAACAAUCCUCAUGUCUGGGAAUGUGAAACUGUUGGAGAAACCGCCACCGUUUCAACUCUGGAGCAAAGAUUCAUCCUGACUCCAUUCGAAGCUAAGAACGCGUAUCUAGUUCAGCUUGUUUUGGAGACCAGAGAAAAGAAACCGAAGGAUUCCAUCAUGAUUUUCACCCGAACCUGCAAAACCGCGGAACUACUAGAGCGAACCUUUAUCAAAAUCGGAGUAUCCUGUUCUUCUCUGCACAGCAUGAAACCACAGAAAGAGCGUAUGUCCUCUCUGUCACAGUUUAAAUCCAACCAUACAAAGGUUUUGAUUGCUACUGAUGUGGCAAGUAGAGGUCUGGAUAUUCCUGAAGUUCAGCUGGUUGUAAAUCACAAUGUGCCAAGUGCUGCUAGGGAUUAUGUGCAUCGAGUUGGACGUACUGCUAGAGCUGGGCGCGUUGGACGCGCGGUUACUCUUGUCACACCAACACAAGUUGGUUUACUACAGGACAUUGAAAAAGAAACCAAAGUUCGGAUGGAGGAAUUAUCAAUCGACGAUACCCGUGUCGGGGAAAUCAUAUUGCAGGUGAACACAACACUCCGUGAGGUGGAUAUUGAACUAGGAGAACAGGACUGGGAUGAGAAGAAGAAUAUCAACAAGAGGAAGAAGAUUAUCCUUGAGGGGAAGAAUCCCGACCAGGUUCAGAUGGAGAAGGAGAAGAGAAUUAAGAAGAGGAAGCAAGCCAGCAAAGAGAAGAGAAAGAAGAUGAAGAAGACGGACGGACCUUAAUAUAUUCUAAAAUUGCAUUUUUUAAUAAAAUUCAUUCAGAUUUAUAUUUUCAGAAAUGCCUGGAUUUUCUCCUAAGGCAAUUGUAAUUGACGGGCGC